AUGUUUCUCGCCAAGGCUGUGCUGGAAGGUGCAGACCGAGGGCUCGGGGAAGCCCUCGGGGGCCUUCUCGGAAGAGGGGGCCAGAGAGCCGGGCGAGGAGGAGGCCAUGUGAGAGGGCUGGUUGGAGGGAUUGUGAAUUUCAUCAGUGAGGCUGCGGCGCAGUACACCCCUGAGCCGCCGCCCACCCGGCAGCAUUUCACCAGCGUGGAGGCCAGUGAGAGCGAGGAAGUCAAGCGAUUUCGGAGGCAAUUUGCCCAACUGGCCGGACCAGACAUGGAGGUGGGUGCCACCGACCUGAUGAACAUCCUCAACAAGGUCCUUGCUAAGCACACGGACCUGAAGACAGACGGCUUCAGCCUGGACACGUGCCGCAGCAUUGUGUCCGUCAUGGACAGCGACACGACUGGGAAGCUGGGCUUCGAAGAAUUCAAGUAUCUGUGGAACAACAUCAGGAAAUGGCAGUGUGUCUAUAAGCAAUAUGACAGCGACCAUUCUGGGUCCCUGGGCCCUUCUCAGCUGCAGGGGGCUGUGCAGGCAGCAGGCUUCCGGCUGAAUGACCAGCUCUACCACAUGAUUGUCCGCCGGUAUGCCGAUGAGGACGGCAGCAUGGACUUCAACGACUUCAUCAGCUGCCUUGUGUGCCUCGAUGCCAUGUUCCGUGCCUUCAAGUCUCUGGACCGAGAUGCCGAUGGCCUUGUUCAGGUGUCCAUCCAAGAGUGGCUGCAGCUGACCAUGUACUCCUGA